AUGAAGGUCUUUGUGAAAGCAAAAUUCGACGUCACGUCCGACAACUUGUUGGCCGACCAGGAUGAAAGUCGCGUACAGUCACUCACGGAACUGAUCAACUUCAACUCGGUUCACAAUGCAUCGCAUCCGUUUUGCGUUCAGGCCAAAGCCGAUGGAUCACUAAACACCGUGACGCACGCCGAGUUCAAAGAUGCCGUGUCACGGUGCGCCGAUUGGGUGCGCUGCGCAUUGGCGCCGUUCACGCCAGGUGAGCCUGUAGCGCUCCUGAUGGAAAGCGACUUUGGCUUGGUGGUCCAUGAGUUCGCUCUAGUCAGCGUGGAAACGCCGCCGCUAGUACUCUCUCCACGACUGCCACUCGUUGCGAUAGAGGCGCUUCUCAAAGCUGUGGGUGCCAAGGCUCUCAUAACCUCCCCGAGGUUCAGCAUUGGUCUCAAGGCGGUGCUCGACGGCCUGGUGUCUAAGGGCACCAAGGUUAUCGUCAGCAAGCCAUAUGACGCGUUUUUGAGCCCCGCCCUGGGCGUCGCCAGUCCUUCUCUGGGUAAGCCAAAGGCAUUGGACGAGACUAUUCUUAUGCUUCACUCGUCUGGGACGACGGGACUUCCCAAGCCGAUCCCUCUGACACACCGCAUGCUCCUAUCUGCGGCGGCUUGCUACGAGUUUGACAGCGAAGAGCAGGCGCAGGGGCUUAACCUCACGACGCUGCCCAUGUUUCACGGGUUCGGCCUCGUCGCGCCGGCGCUGUCUAUGGCGGCAGGCAAGACGACGCUCUUCCCCGCGAGCGAUGGCAUCCCCAAUGCCCGAUCCCUCGUGGACCUCAUCCACCGAACCGGCGCCCGCUCCAUGAUGACGGUACCCAUGCUCCUGGACGACAUGUGCAACCUGCCGGACGGUGAGGGCAUCAAGGCUCUCGCGCCCCUGGACUUUGUGGGCACCGGUGGCGCCGCGCUGGGCGUCGGGGUGGGGGAUCGGCUUGCUGCGGGUGGCGUGCGGCUGCUCAACUUUUACGGCGUAACGGAGACGGGGCCGUUGUCGCUCACGUUUGUGCCGUCCGACGACUACGACUGGCACUUUUUCCGCCUGCGCCGCGACAUCGCGUACCGGGUCACGGAGCUGGAGCCGCGGGGCGGCGAGCGCCGCUUCCGGCUGGCCGUGUUCCCGCCGGGCGGGAAGGAGGCGUUCGAGAUUGCGGACCAGCUGGUGCGCAACGAGAGGUACCCCGAGACGGAUUAUGCCGCCGUGGGGCGUGACGACGACAUCAUCGUGCUCGCCACGGGCGAGAAGGCCGAUCCACUCAUCCUCGAGUCCAUGCUGAACGAGGCGCCCGCCGUCAAGGCUGCUGUGGCUUUUGGCCACAACCGCUUCCACCUGGGCGUCAUCGUCGAGCCUCAGCAGGAGCUCGUUCCGAGUGACGAGGCGGCGAUGGAGGCUUUCCGUGAGUCCGUCUGGGCCGUCGUCCAGGCGGCGGGCGCCAAAAUGGACAGUUCGGCCCACGUGCCCUCGGCUGAUGCUAUUGUCAUCAUCCCCACGGGCAGGCACAUGCCACGGACCGACAAGGGAUCCAUAGCGCGCAAGGAGGCCUGCGCGCUAUUCGCUCACGAGAUUGACCAGGUUUAUGAGAAGCUGCUCCAGGCGGCCACUCAGGCGACCGAGCCAUUGGACAUGGACCGCUUGGAGGAGAGCUUGACGGACCUGCUCCGCCAGCACGUGAAGACGCUCACGCCAGUGACUGACUGGAACGCCGAGACCAGUCUGUUCGAUAUGGGCGUCGACUCGCUGCAGAUGCAGCAGCUGCGCCGGAUCUUUGUAGCGGCUGUUUCCAAAACACCAGCCCUCAGCAGCGUCGAAGCGGCCAAGCUUAUCCCUCCCCAGUUUCUUUACGUUCACCCAACCAUUCGCGAAAUGGCGGCUGCCAUCUCCCAGAGGUCCGUAACAGAGGAUGCAUCCAUUGCCGAGGCCGUCUCCGAGGUGAAUGAAUGUAUUGCAAAUUUCCGCCUCCUCACCCCGCCGACGGACGCAGCCGAGAGGAGACCACCCAGCGCCCCAGGUCCGGCUGUCGUCCUCCUGACGGGCAGUUCCGGCAGUCUGGGCGCGCACUGCGUAGCAGACCUCGCCCGCCACCCUGACGUGGCGCGUGUCAUCUGCCUCGUGCGAAAGGAGCGUGGCACCAACGCUCAACCAAUGCCAGGCGGCAGCCCCUUUGACCGCGGUCUCCUCAAGGCCAGGGGUUUGCAGCUAGGUGAGCCCGAGUGGGCCAAGGUCGCCACCAUCGAGGUCGACCCGGCAGCGGCCCGGCUCGGCCUCAACCCCAUGGCCUACGCAGGCUUACAGGGCAUGGUGACGCACGUCGUCCACGCCGCCUGGCCCAUGAACUACCUCCUCCCGCUGCGGGGGUUCCACCCACAGUUUGCCUUCCUCCGGAACCUGCUGGAGUUUUCCACCCACGGACGGGGCCGUGCAGUCGUGAGGUUUGCGUUCGUCUCGUCCAUCGCCGCCGUUGCGCGCAUCGGGCUCGGCAGCGGUGGCGUGCCGAUCCCAGAAGCCCCGGUACCGGUUGAAAGCUCAGCGUGCGGCGUUGGGUACGCCGACGGCAAGCUUGUCUGUGAAAAGAUAUUGGAAAACGCGGCGAGGGACUUCCCUGACCUGUUGGAUGUUACCUUCAUUCGUUGCGGCCAGAUGACGGGUGCCAGACACUCGGGUGUGUGGAACGAGAAGGAGCAGGUGCCCAUGCUUCUCAAGUCUGGGCAGAACUUGGGCAGCCUCCCUCGAUUGAAUGGGACUCUAUCGUGGAUUCCGGUCGACGAUGUGGCAAGCGCCGUCGUAGAUGUCGCGUUGGGCUCGGAUAAGCUGCCCACAGUGCUACACUUGGAGAAUCCUGUGCGGCAGCCCUGGAACGACGUGAUGAGCUUUUUGAGCAAGGAAUUGGGUCUCCCAGAACCCUCACUGCCAUUUGACACGUGGCUGGAGGAGGUGGCACGCCGAGAAAGCAACGAAGAGGAGUUCCCCGUGCAACAGCUUUACUUGUUCUUCAAGAAGGGCUUUGAAGCCAUUGCUUGCGGCGAGGUGGUGCUGGAUACACAAGCCGCGGCUAAGCUUUCAGAUCGGUUGCGCGGGCUGGAGGCGCUAGAUAAGCCCUUGCUUGGUGCAUAUGUUGCGUACUGGAAAAAGAUUCGAUAUCUCAGUACAUAG